AUUUCGCCUUCGGCUCCAGGCCUUCGGUUCGCAUAGAGAUAUUUUUGCGUACCCGUUCCGUCGGCUACCCUUCACCGCCGGCCGCCGCCACGCUGCCAAUCCCGACAGACAUGGACUCAGACCCGGACGUUGAGCUCCGUGGCCUCGACAUCGACGUUGACCUCGACCCGGAGGACCUCCAGCCGUCGGUGCCCCUCAAGAAAGUCCCCGGCGGCGACCUCUUCGAGGCGGCGCGCGCCGGGGACUGCGACCGCCUUGCGAUCCUCCUCGAGGCCGGCGCCAAUGUCAACGCGCGAGACCGCUGGGACUCCGUCGCGCUCUACUACGCCUGCCUCGCGGGCCACGCCGAGGCCGCGCGGAUGCUGCUGGAGGCUGGCGCUGUCUGCGCCGAGCGCACCUUUGACGGCGACCGGUGCCACUACGCCGCCCUCAAUCUGCGCCUCCGCUGGCUCCUCAAGAGCUUCGAGGCAAGGCCGCCGCCGCUCGCGCCGCUCCCCGCCGCGCUCCGGGCCACCUUCCUCGCGUGCACCGCCAACCGCGCCGCCUUCCUCGAGAUGCUCCAGGGGAGCGCCGGCGCCGAAGCCGCUGACCUCGCCGCGGCCGCCGGAUUUGGGCCAAAGGAUGAUCCAUCAAGUGCUUGUCUGUUUCCUCCUGACAUUACAUUCUACGUGGAUGGAAAACCUAUUGAAGCUCAUCGGGUCAUUCUUUGUGCUCGAUCUCUUUUCUUUCAAAUAAAAUUCAAGACAGACUGGAAAGACAGGAAGGAAGUGAGAUUUUCUAACCAAAAGUUGUCUUUUGGCGCUUUGUACAGCCUCAUCCAUUUCUUCUAUUCUGAUAGACUCGAGGUAGCUGUGGAUGACAUGGAAAAUCUGGCGCGGAUGUGCAAAAGUUGCAACUGUGAGGAGUUGCAAAAGAUACUGGAAAAAGAAGUUGUGCAUCAGAAGUAUGCGGAGUACAAGUCAGCGAGAGAACUGGAUUUGGACAAUUCACAGAAACGAUUCAUUGUACAAGCGCAGUCCUUGCCGGAGGGAGAUCGCCUUCCAUCAGCGCUGCAGCGUAUUCUACAAGACUGUCUAGCUAACUCAAGAGAAGAAGACUAUUAUAAUGAGGAAUCAAUUGAGAAGUGUAGAAACUUGAAGAAUGAUGAUCUUGCCGAUCUUUAUAUAAAAGUAGGUGAUAAGCUUUUCCAUUGUCAUCAGGUCAUUUUAGCCUCGAGAUCGGAGUACUUUAGAGCCAGGCUAUCUCGAGCUAUUGAUUUCCUUGAAGGUAACUGUGGAUUUCAAGCAGCUCAGAAUCUUCCACUUCUUGAGGAGCAUGACUUGAGUGCGGAAGCAUUUGAAAAUAUGCUUGAAUACAUGUAUACCGAUAAGCUAGAGCAUUUGGAUCCUGAUCAGGCUGAAGAAUUAUUUGAUGUUGCAUCUAGAUACUUGCUGUUUCCCCUUAAGCGAGUUGUAGCUGAUAUGCUGUUGCCACAUCUCGAAUGUGCUUCUCCUGAAGAAUUGUGCCACUGGUUAAUGUUGUCAGAUAUAUAUGGUGUUGUGAAAAUAAGGGAGUAUUGCUUGGAUAUCAUCGCUUGCAACUUCGAGAUGUUCGCAGACACACGGGAGUUCAGAGCCUUGCUUUUGACACUUCCACCACCAUCCGGAGACGACUCAUUGCGUACUAGUCGUCCCAGUGCACCUGGGACUGCAGGCAACACUGACCAAGGCAACAUUCUUGAUGAUUUGCGCGAGAAGUGGUUGAUAGCAGAGGGUUCUGAGCUAGACGAGAGGGAUGAGAGUGCAGCUCUGUUCGACAAGCGGUUGGAGGCGCUUAUGCUUGUUGCGGAGAAAGAAGCCGAUGAAGACGACACUUGAUUCCAGUUUGAGCUAGAACAAGUACCUUCUUGUGCAGCGCUGUUUUGGUAGUCUCCACUGAGUGAGUUUUUUGUGAAUUACAUGUUUAGAUUUUGUUGUACAAACAUCAAACAGAAGUUGACAAGAACUUAAUAUCUAUUCUCUA